GCAGCCGCAGCCGCGCGGGUCCGCGCCUGUGAUGUUUGCGGUCGUAAUGAUUAUUUUCAAACAAAGUGCAUGGACAAAGUCAUAAUUUUAUCAUCUCCUGUGAUAUUUAUGUGUAUAGUGCGGUGCUUAAAUUGAGUAUGUUUCGAUCGAAAUAGCCAUAAAAUCAAAGCCAUAACCAUGUUAAGUUUCCGUGUAAAUAGUGAAUCGCGAGCGCCGGUUUCUCUCUUUCGAAGUUGAGAAAAGUCAUGGUGUACAUACUAAUUUUUAUCACGAAAAUGCAGAACUGCAAACUUCACGAAACGCCGUUUUGGACCUGGACUUGAUUAAGUUAUAUUAUCACUGCAAGUGUCCCACGAAUGCAUGUGUUCAUGGCUCAAUCCCUCUCCCACGAAUAUUGUGGGAAUGGAAUCUAGAAUUAAAAAUGCCUGAGUAAAUAAAAGCCUGAUUAAGAAUGCAAGCCAAGAAGCGAUAUUUAUUAGUUCUUCUAUCAAUUGCAUUUCUAGCGUACUGGUCCUUUGGAGGCUACAGAUUAAAAAGCGACAACUCCAGUGCUGAAAUGAUGAAAGAACUACCAUCAUAUUUAGAUUCAUGGGCAGAUCAAAUUUUUGACAAAGAUCUCAAACUAUCUCCCUUAACCAAGAAGACGAGCGGCAUGUCUUUUGUUGGUCCUCAUAGUAAUAUUGUCAAUCAAAAAUGUAGGAUGGAAACUUGUUUUGACUACACUAAGUGCCAGACUGAUUUUAAAGUUUAUGUGUACCCAACGGCUGAAUCGUCGUUUGGAGAAAUGGUUUUGUCUCCUAGUCCAAGUUAUCAGAAGUUAAUAGACGUAAUUGUUGAAUCUAGAUACUUUACCGCAAAUCCAGGUGAAGCCUGCUUGUUUAUCUUAGCAAUUGAUACGUUAGACCGCGAUCCAUUAUCUCCUGAUUACGUACGAAAUGUGCCAUCUCGCCUUCAACGUUUAAAAUUGUGGAAUGGCGGUAGAAACCAUGUAAUAUUCAACCUCUACUCUGGCUCCUGGCCGAAUUACAAUGAAGAGGACCUCGGAUUCGACUCGGGAGAAGCCAUUCUUGCUAAAGCCAGCAUGUCUGUGUCCAGUUUUCGCCUUGGAUUUGACGUCUCCAUCCCGUUGUUUCCUAAAAAACAUCCAGAGAGAGGUGGUGAACCAGGAUUUGGCUCAGCAACCAAUUUCCCUGUUGUGAAAAAAUACUUGUUAGCAUUCAAAGGAAAACGGUAUGUUUAUGGUAUUGGGUCAGAAGCAAGAAAUUCCCUUUAUCACCUUCACAAUGAGCGUGAUGUAGUAAUGGUCACGACUUGUCGACACGGUCAGUCUUGGAAAGAAUACAAAGAUGAACGCUGCGACGCAGACAACUCGGAUUAUGAUCGAUACGACUACGAGGUCCUUCUGCUCAACUCAACGUUUUGUCUCGUGCCACGUGGGCGCCGUUUGGGCUCUUUCAGGUUUCUAGAGGUUCUUCAAGCUGGCUGUAUACCGGUACUUUUAUCCAAUGGAUGGGUCCUACCAUUUGAUGAAGUUAUCGACUGGAAUAAAGCUGUUGUUUUGGCUGAUGAGAGGUUGCUCUUACAAGUUCCAGAACUGGUUCAUUCAAUACCACCCACGAAGAUAUUUGCCUUGCGUCAACAAACACAGAUUCUCUGGGAAAGAUACUUUUCCUCCAUAGAAAAAAUCGUUUUUACAACAUUAGAGAUCAUCCGUGAAAGAAUUCCAGGUCAACGAGCUCGAGAAGGUUUAAUAUGGAACACUGCGCCAGGAGCACUGGUUAUUCAACCAACUUUUUCAGAUGCCCUCUCCUCAUUUCCAUUCUACCUUCAUUACAUAAAUAUUGGUUUUGAAAAGCGGUUUACAGCAGUCAUCUAUUCACAACUUUCAUCCCUGCUUACACCCACCACUCCCUUAUAUCGGCUGAUAAAGAAUGUUGCUCAUAGCAAAUAUGUGGCCAGAGUGGUAAUCGUUUGGUGCAGUGAAAAACCACCUCCAACUUACACGCGAUGGCCAACCCUCCCAUCUCAUGUGCCUUUAUCAAUAGUCCAUGAAGUUUCAAUUUCUCACAGGUUCCGUCCUUUAGAAUUAGUCACAACACCAGCUGUUUUAUCUCUAGAUGAUGAUGCCAUUCUUCUGACAGAAGAAGUAGAUUUUGCUUUCAACGUUUGGCUUAGUUUUCCCGACCGUAUCGUUGGAUAUCCAGCCAGAUCUCACUAUUGGGAUGAUACCAAGGCAAGCUGGGGAUAUACCUCAAAGUGGACUAAUGACUAUUCCAUCAUUUUAACGGGUGCUGCUUUUUAUCAUCGUUAUUACCAUUUCCUUUACUCAGAAUGGUUGAGUCCACUCCUUUUGAAGACUGUCGAGCAAUCAGCAAACUGCGAAGAUAUUCUCAUUAAUUUUCUAGUCAGUCAUGUCACUCGCAGACCUCCAAUUAAAGUUACUCAAAGGAAGCAUUACAAGGAUCAACCAAGAUCCCCGUGGAAUGAUCCUGAUCAUUUUCUUCAGCGGCAAACCUGCUUAAAUACUUUUGCUGCUGUUUUUGGUUACAUGCCUUUGGUACGUUCUAACAUGCGUUUUGAUCCAGUGCUCUUCAAAGAUCCUGUAUCGAAUCUGCGGAAAAAGUAUCGUCAGAUUGAGAGGGUUGGUAGCUAGCACUAAGGCACCGUGAGCCACAUAAACAGUGUCAAUGCAUCAUGGCAAUGAAUCUGUUUACUAAAUAUUAUAAUUUAUUUACAAAACAGUGUCCAUGCAUCUUGUCAAUGCAUCUGUUCUCUUAAUUUCAUGGCUUGUCAAGAAUUUAAGCAAACAUCUCUACUUGGGACUUCGCAUUGCAUUCUUGGAUUAAAGUAAAAUACUGUAAAGCGGUGAUAUUAUGUGGAAGAGAACAGCGAACUCCAAAAUGAACCAACAAUAGCCUCUGUAAGUAACUGUGGUCAUAGUGUGUAUACUGUGAUCUUGGUUACCUGUAAUUCUACCUACUUCAUCCUACCAAACUCUUAUCGUCACCAUCUGGCCAAAGUAUCUCAAGCGCCAUUUAUGUUCAGAUGCUAUGUUGCCGGAAAUCCUAAAACCAUUUUAAUAUUCUCUUUAAAAAUUCUGCACAUACUUUUAUGUAAACUCGAGUGUUUAAUCUUAAUGACAAAAGAAAUAGGAAGCAAAAUUUCAAGUGACACUGUUUAAUAGUUUUUCCUAAACAAAUUGGACAAGUUUUGAGACGUUUGGCAAUAUUCAACCAAAGCAAAUACGGUACUUGUGAUACUUUGGUGAGGAGGAGUCAAAUGAAAUACUUGAUUGGGUUCAACAGAAAUAAUGAUAGGGAAAGAGUAGACAGCAUUACAAAAACCAAUACCCAGAAUAAGUAGUCCAAAUGAAUAGAACUCUCUAUUCUUUCUUCUCUAACCUGUUUGAUAGACCCUCACGGCUUAAAUGUUUUGGACUCUAUUUGCAAAGGGUCUAUAAAAUAGACACUUCAAUUUUCUAUCUACGUAUUAUUACUGUCCACUCGUACUUCCAUAUUGCUGUGAUAUUUCAACUUUUACGCAUCAUUUUUAGCCUCUAUCCGUUCUGGCUAGUUUUUAGUUUUAUCUCCCAGGUAUUGAUCGUUGUCUUAAACUUGAAUUCCUCAUUGCCAAGUUGCUUGACAAUUUUUACCAUAUGACUUGUACUAUUUAAUUCCAUUAGUCACCAAAUUUCAUUUUAUUUUUAUUUUAAUCAAAGACUGAUACAUUUAUCAAUAAUUUUACCUCAUUAAUUCAUGCCAUAAUAUGUAGUUAUUUCUUUUUAGUGAUAUUUCUCGAUUUUCUUUCUUAUUGUAAUAAUAAGAUAAUGGGAAACUUUAGCUUAACUGAUUCUGAGGAAGACUAAAGUAAAUUUUAGCAACUCUCACUAUCAGCUGAACUCACUUUUCCCUUGCUCUACUGUACACCUAAGUUAAGUUGUGGAAUAAUUGACGGUACCCUCUCCCAGUCGCCAGCAUAAUUUAGAUUCUAAGUUACAUGUGAUUGUCUAUAGAAAGAGGUCCCUUUUCUUAAAUAGAGCCUGUUUACUAAAUUGUAAUAUGGUUUGCAUUCCUGGGCGAAAAUGAAGAAGAAUACCGACAACUCUUACCAUACUGUUUUCCGUCUUAACCUCAAAUUUUAAGUCUUCAUCCUAGUUUGAGAAAAAUGGCUCUCCUGAAAAAUGUGGCUCUGCACACUGAGGUCUCAUUCUGGUCUCAUACACGGUCACAUAUACCUAUACUUACAUCUCUCUUUUUUAUAAUUUUUUUCUGUAGAAUUGACACUUUUUAUAUGAAUGCAAGGGUCAUAACAAGAAGGAAAAUUUAAACGUUUCAACGUUUUUUGUUACUCUCAUGCAGUAGACAAUUUUUUUCUUAUUUCGUAAACUCCUGUGUAAAAUUGGAACUAAUCGAAACCAUCAAAUUUUUUCCUUCUGAGAAAGCAUUGUUUAAGAAGUUACCUGUAGUUUAACCAUCUAUCACCUCUUGAAAUUUGCAUCAUGAUAGAUAAUUAUCAUCGCACGUCCUCAACAGAAUUAUGG